AUAUCUCUCUACAUUUGCCCUAACUUAGUCCUAUAUCUCCGCUCGUAUCUCGCCGUCCUUUCCCCGAUCACCGCGCGCUGCCAUGGCAAAUGCUGCAUCUGGCAUUUCAGUCCACGAUGAUUGCAAACUGAGAUUUUUGGAGUUGAGGGCGAAGAGGACUCACCGGUAUAUAGUAUUCAAGAUUGAGAAAAUGCAGGUAGUUGUGGAAAAGCUGGGUGAGCCAAAAGAGGGGUAUGCUGAUUUCACCACAGCACUGCCUGCCAAUGAGUGCCGAUAUGCUGUCUAUGAUUAUGACUUUCUUUCAGUAGAUAAUGCCCCAAAAAGCAGGAUUUUCUUUAUUGCAUGGUGUCCAGAUACAAGCCAAGUUAGAAGCAAAAUGACAUAUGCAAGCUCCAAGGACAGAUUUAAGAGGGAAUUAGAUGGCAUUCAGGUGGAGCUGCAAGCGACCGAUCCCAGCGAGAUGAGUCUUGAUGUCCUCAAAGAACGUGCGAAAUAAAUACUCUUCUCCCCUAUUGCCAUGCUUGAUCUGCUGCUCUCUUUGCUUUAUGAUUCCUCCAUCCAGAGAGAGAUGUGUUUAUAGUUUGUGUUCUUUGGGCCACUUGACAUUGCAAAGAUUGUGUAUUAGUGUGUUCCCUUCUCCCUCCACUGCUUUACCUCUCCAUCUUUUAGACCCCUCUUUCUGGUUAUGUACCCUGGAGUAGUUUUCUUUGUUGACAUUUGCAUCUCCAGAUUCGUGUGUUUGAAUGAAUGUGUGUGAUGAAUUUCUACGCUUACACUGCACUAAUAUGGCUUUUUAAUUUGACCCGUUUAUACUAAUCGUUUUAGGCUGUCUGGGGUUAGCUGAUGUUCUUUAUUCAUUUUCUACUUCAUGGAAACAAAAACAUUGAAAUACUCUUAUACACCUCUUAAUGGUUCAUAUGUCUGAAUGGUUAAGAGAUUUGCUUCUGAAUGGUUAAGUAUUAUACAGAGUCUGAAUGGUUAAGACCUCUUAUCUGAAUUGAUCAGACAUUUGCCUCUGAAUAGUUAAGCAAUAUACUAGCUCUUAAUGGUUCAGACCUCUUACUGGUUAAGCACUUAAUGGUUCAAACCUCUUACUGGUUCAGCACUUACUUAUU